UGUGCGCAGUCUCAUCAUUUGAAGGUGGAGUCGAGAUGCUGUACACAUACAAAACAUUGUUUGAAGUCAUCGAACUUUGAUGAUUGAAAAGUUUGAAAAAGAACAGAUCAAAGUGGACAUCACUUGCUGCAAAGGCAAUUGUAGAGACUAUUUUGCGAUAAAAGCAAUGUUUUUUUUUUUUUUGGAAAUAAGGAGCUUCAGUACCAGAUGACUACGCGACACGAAAAGCAUUUUAAGGAUUCAUAAUGUCAACAUCACCUGACAACAUUUGAGAGAUGCCAUUUAUUACUCCAUUAGAAGAAAAUCUUAACGCAGCUUAAUGAAUGUCACUUUUGAAGACUUAAAAUGUAAAAGGACUCAUCUUCGUGAUGGAAAAAUCUGACUAAACGUCUUUGUGCAAGAAGUCACUGGGCAUGGAAUACAAAUGAUGUAUUUUAUCUGCUCAGUGUAGAAGACUUUAAUGAACUUUUCUGAAGAAAUACUGUAAAAGACUGAAGAUAGAUUGAUGUCUUAGAGGUUUAAAACUAAUCUAGACGAGAAGACAAUAUUCAGCAUGGAGUUCGGCAUAGAUAUUUGGACAAUAAUCGUGACUGUAUUUCUGCUGUUUUUACUGACGUUACUUUUCCGCAGAGGCAAUAUUGGGCAUUAUUUUCAGGAACGGGAAGCAUUUAGUGAUGAGGCAGGAAAGCGCGUCUUAGUGACAAGUACCAUGGCAACAGCAAAAGCAUACACCGAUUCAGACCAGGAUAAUUUCUUCCGCAUGAGCAUUCUCAUUGUAGAUUAUGCCCUGAAAGUAGUGCAAGAUGUUCUCCAGAAAGAGCUAAGAAAAAAGUAUCCGAAUUUAUUUGAUCCCAGCACGGGGUUGUUGCACAAGGUACUUGGUGAUAAAACUGUCUGGACCUUACUGCUUGGAUUAUCACCGAAAAUCUUUAAUCACCACCAGCGAAAGCAGCUGUAUCCUGCUGGAAAUCCCUCCACAUCAGUAACUGUUGGUGAUUUAGACCUCACACUGACUGUGCUUUUGCUGAGAAACAUCACAACAUUGAACAACAAGUCCAAAGCAUGGGACAACCCCUCUGACACAGAUGUUUCAAGAGAAGCCAAGAUUGGGCGAGUUAAACGAUAUCGAAAUAUUGUGUAUGGUCAUGCAAACACAGCAGCGAUCAGUGACCAAGAUUUCAGGGCACAUUUUUCAGGGUUAAAAUCCAAUCUCUUGGUUCUCUCUAGUAGGUUCACAAAUGAGGAUUAUGAUGCCAUCUUGUCUAAACCUCUCGAUGCUGCUUUACUGGCGAGAAACCAGAACAUUCUUAAAGAAUGGUACUAUUAUGACAAAGAUGUGAAAGAUGAGUUGAUGAGUCUGAAAGCUACAAUGGAGGAAAUCCCAAAACUUGGGUGCCGAAUAGAACAGGUUCAAAGAAAAAGUGAACAAACUGUUCUAAGAGAGAUGAGAAGUGAAACAAAGAGUACACAUGAUAAACUCCAGAAAAUCGUUCAGAUGACAGAAGAAAUUCAGGAAAAAGUUCAAGUGAUUUAUGACAAGAAUCGAGACAGACCAGGACGUCGGAAAAUGACAGUGAUGUCAGACACGCAAGAGGACCCUGCUGUAUAUUCAUCCCAACUUUUUAAUCCUUCAUCGUCAACAGAAAAGGAAAUUCCACAGACUACAGAGUCUAGUCCUACAAGUGUUGAUGUGGGAACUGUUGCAGCUAGCGGUAUUCUUACAACCAAACCAGACACCUACUCUAAGGCACCUGUAAUGAGUCCGACACACAAAAACCUCUUGGUACAAAUGGGUCCCGAGCUAAUAAAAGAUCUCCAAGUUGAAGACAUUGUCCCAGACAUGGUGGACAGAGGAAUCAUCAGUGAACGUAAUGCAAAAAAGGUACUGGCACACAAAGCAGAAAAUGAUCAAGCUUUUGAAUUUCUUCGUAUUCUACCAAAAUGUGGUCCUCGUGCAUUUGAAACAUUUGUUGAUGUUUUGAGAAAACACAAUAAGAAAGAACUUGCAGAUUUGUUAGCAGAAAAAGCGACUGCUUGCAGUAGUAAAAACCAAAUAGCGUCUUUCUACAUUAAAUACAUGAGUCAAAUACAGCGUCUUCCCUGGGACCCCGACGACACAAUGCACUUAGAUGACGUCUAUGUUAACCUGCAGUGGGUACAAGAGGAAAGGAAACCAGCAGGUACCAGUUCUGAUCCAAUCCAGAGCUAUACAUCAAUAUUUAAAGAUACCAAACAAGGUACGAGACCAAAAAGGAUAUUUGUCCGAGGAAAAGCAGGCAUCGGCAAAACCACAUUUACACAGAAGAUGGCAACAGACUGGGCAAAUGAUACAUUGGGUUUAAAGGAAUGUGACCGGGCACUUUCAAAUUAUAAACAUCUUUUAAUUAUAAAUCUACGCAAUAUUCGACAUAGCCAAACACUGAAGGGAGCAAUUGAAAAACAAAUUUCUCCUUCUAAUCAAAAUAAGAAAGAAGUGGUAGAUGAAAUAGUACAUGCUCUGGACUAUGACAGUGACCAUGUGCUAAUGGUCUUUGACGGCUAUGAUGAGUACGAUCCCAAGACUUCUGAAGAAAUAACCGACAUCAUUUAUUGCAAACAAUACCAGAAUGUAUGUACCAUCAUCACAACACGCCCAUGGAAGGCAGAAGAAUUGAUGAAGAAACAAAUACCAGACAGUGUGUAUGAAAUUACCGGUCUGACAGGUGACAACAUACGUGAAUAUGUUGCUAAAUUCUUUGAUGAAAACAUGGAAUGUUAUGAUCUUUUUGAAUGGGAGUUUGAUGAUAGUUUCGAUUCUGAGUUUCUGGAUGUGUCAGAGUCAAUAGGGAAUGGUCUCUUACAUUACAUAAUGAGAAAGAAGCUGGAGUCGUUGGUAAAGAUCCCAAUACUUUUACUGUUCUUUUGUCUUAUGUGGCAAGAAGAUCAACAAAGUGAUGCCAAGACAGAUUCACUCCCAAUUUCAUACACACUGCUAUACAAGACACUUAUACAAAUGCUUUUAAGACGAAGAUACGACAUCAGGACAAAGGAUGAAACAGAAGAAUCUAUUGGACAAUUUGAAGAAACUUUUAUCGGCCUUGGCAAGCUGGCUUACGAUGGACUCGUUAAGCCAGAUGGGGGUCUCAUAUUUAAUGAAAAAGACCUACAGGCAAUUCCAAAUAUCAGCGAAUUGUACAGUUUAGGUCUCCUCAGCAAGUCUAAGGUACACAGUAACCUUGAUGUUAAACAGGAGGUAACAUUUCCACACAAAACCAUCCAGGAGUUUUUUGCGGCAAAAUACUUGGCGAGGAAAUUAGACCAAAAUGAAAAUUUUAGAUCAGUUUUUGGAAAACUUAAACACCACUGACAAAC